GCAGAAGACAAAAACUAAGUAAUACUGAGAACCUCCCGAGUUUCACGUAAAACCGAGAGGACCUGAGGCUGAUUUUAUUCGUUGGGUUAAAAUUCCAAGGAGUCUGGAAUCGGAGAUCUUCGGCGGCCGAGCUUUGGAGCGGGUCUACGUGAUUCUGAACACCAUUUCCAAAGGAUGAGUUCGAAACGGGUUGUCCGAUCUUAUUCAGCGAACGGCCGUUACCCUUCGUUCGACAACAACGAGGAGGAUGCACCGCCCGUCCGUGGAGAGUCCAGCCGCAAUUACUUUCUGAAUGUGCGGCCCGAGAACAGGCAAACAUUUUGUACUAUUAUUGCUCAGAUCACUGAAGAGACCCAGCCUGGGUUUGAAACCACACUGAAAUCCCACUCAGUGUCUGAAAAUGCUGAUGUCAAGUUUACCUGCACCGUUACAGGCCACCCUGCCCCAGAGAUCACAUGGUACAAAGAUGACACGGAGAUGGACCGAUACUGUGGCCUUCCCAAAUAUCAAAUAUUCCACUAUGGAAAGAAGCACUCCCUUCAGCUGUAUAGAUGCACAGAAGAUGAUGCGGCCAUUUACCAAGCUUCAGCUAGAAACAGCAAAGGGAUUGUGUCCUGUUCUGGUGUUCUGGAGGUGGGCACCAUGAACGAGUACAAGAUCCAUCAGCGGUGGUUCGCCAGGCUUAAGCAGAAAGCAGAUGCCAAAAGGCGUGAGUUGGAGGAGACCAGGAUUAAGGACAAGGAGAACAUCGCCCGUAUGGCCAACGUUCGGGACAGCAAUCUCCAGAGGACACUGAGUCCAGAGAGAGCCCAGCGGAAGCGGAAGUCACAGGCUGAGGCCAGGGCAGGUUCCCUUGACUCUUCGAAGAACAAAGAGGAUGGGCUCAAAGUUCACAUUGCUGAUCCAGACGCUGCUUUGCACAAGAACGUGGAGGCCGCUUGGAGUGUUGACAAGAUGGAGAAGCCCACUGCUUCAGCGCCGGAGGUUCAGAAUGGCUAUGUGACUGGUCCCCAAGGGACUGAUCUUGUUGCAGUUAAAGGCGGGAACAAUUCGCUGGAGGACUUGGAAAAUGACAUCUUAUUCAGCAGCGGCAUCCGUGAAAUGGAGCCACUCAUUUUGGCUAAACCUGUAGAUAAGGAGUUUGCAGCGAGAAAGAAGAAAAGGAAGCUUUCAGGGGAAGAGGUCAGACUCUCACUGAGAAGAGCAGAGAGCAACUCUCAGAGUGCCCGUGACGAAGCUGCGCGAAAUGCCGUCGAUCAAAACAAGAGCUCUGGCAUUUUGUCACGUUACCUCCGAGACACUUUGAAGAGAAGCAAACCACACAGGGGUCCCCAGACCUUUGUAUCUGGGGAUCAUAUGGAGAUUGAUGAGCAGGUAUCAUCAGUGACGUUAGGACAGAGGCAGCACACUGCGGAGCCUUCUGGUCCAAAAAGUGAGCAAGCCGAGCAAGAAAAGGACUCAAGUUGUCAGCCAUGCAAAGACAUAGAGUCUGGACUGACAAAGUUUACAAAUCAAGAGCCAACAGAAUCCAGUCCCCAGUCUCCUGCCAGAGACCUGUACUUCUCUAUGAAGGAAAUGUACCUUGAAACUAUUUUGGGACCAGGGGUACAUGGGAAGCAACAGUUACCUCAAGUUAUGGAGAAGAAUAAUGAGGCUGACUCCCACCUCCGGGAUCACACCUUUGGCCAGAAGACAUUUCCAAGUGAGGACCCUGAUGUGCCAGAUCUGGCGGAUGUGAAGUUGGAAAAUGCCACUAAGUCGAUGAAGACAAGUGAGGAACUACAGAGUAUGGGAAUAUCAGGGAGUGAACUGGACAUUACAAUGCCUUGUGUCAGCGUAGAAAUGCAAGAGAAAAACGCAGGUGGUAAUGUGCAGCAGUCUUUAGAAAUAAAAGAGGAUGCCAGCACAAGUGAACCUGUAACGAGCAGCACCAGAUCUGUGGAUAGAUCUGGGAUAGAGGCCGAAGGCUGCUUUAGCUUUCCUCUCGUUCCCGUGGAUACAAUACUGCAGCCCACUUUCCAGAACUCGUUGGUAGCUGCUCAAGCCAUGGCUGAACCUAAGGCUUCACCUCCUCAUGGGCAAGAUGACCCUGCAGAACAUCCAUGUAUAGUCUUGCCAGCACAGCAGCAGGCUCAUGAAAUCAUUCCUGAGAUGUUGGACUUGGAGAAGCAGGCAGAACAUGAUGCUUCGCCUGCCUCUGAGAGGGUGGACAGUGAGUGCAGUGUUGGUGCCUUCAGUGAUGAGUGGGAGAAAUUGGAUAUCCCGAGCAGCCCUGAGCAAACUGACAUCUCAGAUGUGCAGCCUACUCCAGUGAUCUUGACCUUGAAGGUGACAGAGCCAUACCUAGGGGACUGUUACAGUGAAGAUGUAUCACUACCUCAGAGUGACGAAACGGUAAAGCCAGCCAUUCGGGGGAUAGAUGCUGCUACACAGACUGACCAGCAGGAAAGUGUGGGCCUCACAACUGAUAUUAAAGCAAUGGAGCUCACUGCUGCACCUGUUGUAGAUACCUCCCAAAUUAUUGUUGUCCCUCCAACCUGUCCAGAGGAGCCGGUACUAGUAGAUCAAGUGCCCCCAACAGCAAAGGAGGCAGUGGGUCAACAGGUUGCUACAGGUUCACGGCCUGAAAGCACAUCCAUUAGCUUGGCAGUUCCCGUUGUUGAAGAGAUUCCUGACGAUGCAGGUUGUGGGUUUGAGGAGGAAGAAGUUGCUGAGGUUGAAGGUGAAUUGUUGAAAGUCGAUCAGGUGGAGAAUGCAGGAUCUAAGGAGAAGGAGCAAGGAGAAGUAUCCCCAGAUGGUUUUGGCUCUAACUUUGUGGAAAAAUUCCUAUCUUAUUUAAAAAUACCCAGUUUUCUAUUGGGUGAAAGAUCAGUCACCAGCACUGGGAAACCAGAGGCAAGUACUGAUCUUCCACCUGCCCCUGCCUUGCACUUGCGCAGUGAAGACACAACUAAGGAGCGUACAGAUCUUUCUGAAUCCCCAGCUACUGGUGUGGAGUUGCUGUUGGAGACAGAGGCUGCCCGCGUUCCGGCCAGCACUGAAGACCUCCAGCUCACUGGUGGAGACAAUGCAUUGGAUCCGCCAUCAGGAGAGACAGUCAUCGAUCCUGUUGAACUCAGCAUUAGGUCGUUAUUGACUACCGUGGAAGAACCCAACAUGGACUCUAUUAUCAUUGUGACACCGCCGUCAGAAUUAAGCGUCGAUGCUCCCCUCUCUUCUGUUGUACACCCACAUGCCCAUGAAGAUGAUAGCACUGUCGCUGCGGUCGAUACUGGUGAUUCAAAGUUAACUCUUCAACCAACUGUCCCAGAGAUACCAUCCGGAAAGUCUACCAAGCCAAGUAAAACUGAGGCAUUAAAGCAUCCGAGCUUGGGGGUGGCAUCUUCGUCUUCUCUUCCAGUCACCUUGGAAAAUAAGAGUCCUGUGAGUUCAGAGGAAGAGCAUGGUACUUUGGAAAAAAGUAAAACUGAUGUUACUGAGCACAAGUCUGAUGUAGACACAGCAGAAGAAAGCAGCAGGGUGGAGAACAUUAUAGGAGAUGGAAAUAAGCUGUUGAAAGUGUCAUCUGUCCCCAGUGAUGGAACAGUUCCCACUCUGGAAACUGUAACACCAAGUUCUGGAGAUGCAACCCCUGGCAGUGCUCUGCAGACAGCAAAGAUAAUGCCUGUUGUGCGGGUGGCAGAACUAAGCCAGGUACCGUGCAUUGUGGUGGACAGUGUAACAGCUAAGAGCACAGUGCAGGAGAGAAUAGAGGAUGACAAGGCAGUGAAGAAAGACGCACCCACAGCACGAACUGUGCAGGGCUCGGGCACCAAGGCAAAGCCCGGCGAUGCGCUGCCUUCCAUUCCGUCUGCCACUCCAGAGGAGCUUGCCUCAGGAGCCCGCCGCAAGAUCUUCCUGCCCAGGUCCAAGCAAGUGGACGAGUUGGAAGGGCUCGUUUUGGAAGUGCCUGGCUUGCCAGCGCACCCAAAGAAAGAGGAAGCAAGUCGAUUCCCAUUAACUCCCAAAAGGAGCGCGGCGCUGCUGCAAGCUCCAGCAGUGCCGCAAACCACGCCGCUGGAGAGGUAUUCCCCAACGACAACACGCAAGAUGUCCACGCUGGAAGUACCAAAGCUUUACGAAGACCCCGGAGACAAGGCAGAGACAGCCAUGGACUCUGCUAGAAGUGGAGGGAAAACUGAGGAUACCAAAUCAACAAAGAACUUCUUGAAAGCUCCACAGGUGAUUCGAAAGAUCAGAGCUGAACAAUUUUCAGAUGCUUCUGGGAACCUGAAGCUUUGGUGCCAGUUCUUUAAUGUGCUGAAUGACUCCACCAUCAGAUGGGACAAAGAUGGACUUCGCUUGAACAAGCUGAAGCGAAGCGCUGGUGAUGAGAGUCAGGUGUCACUGGCAAUUGUAGAGGCUUCGGCGAAGGACUGUGGUGUUUACAGGUGUGUCAUGGAAAACGAAUAUGGUUCAGAUGCCACCGAUUUCCUCUUGAGCAAUGAAACGUUGAGUGGAUUUAUUUCAAGAGAAGAAAUUGAAGUGGGUGAGGAAAUCGAGAUGACCCCCAUGCCAAUCACCAAAGGUUUAACUGACACAGGUUUCUGGGGCAACAAACUCUUUGGCAGAAUUAUGACAAAGGACCUUUACGUUGGUAAUGGAUUUCGGCGUAAAGCGAGCCGGGUGAAGGUCAUCUAUGGAUUAGAGCCGAUAUUCGAAUCUGGUGCUACUUGUAUUGUCAAAGUGCGAAACUACAUUUCUUAUGGGACCAAGCAUGAGAGUAGCCUUACUGAAAGCAACCACAAUCUCACUAUGCAAGAAUGUAAACUUCAAAAUACAGCAAGAGAAUACAGUAAAAUAUUUGCAGCUGAAACUCGGGCAGUCGAUGGCUUUGGUUCAGUGCCAGAGGUAAUUCCACUGCACUUGCUCUAUCGGCCUGCCAACAACAUACCUUAUGCAACCAUUGAGAGGGACUUGGUUGGACAAUUCAUGAAGUACACUAUGGAAGACAAGAGCAAGAACUUGGUAGAUGAGACUGCCUCUGAAAUUGAGCAGAAGUGUCACGCCUUUCAACACUGGGUUUACCAAUGGACAAACAGCAACUUGCUAGUGACUGACUUGCAAGGAGUGGGACUGAAGAUUACAGGUGUGCAGAUUGCAACUAAUUCCAAAGGGUAUCAGGGACUGACAGGAAAUCGCUCUUCCUCUGUUAUUGAUGAAUUUCCCGACACCCAUCACUGUAACCGCUUUUGCGAGGUGCUGGGGUUGAAGUCAUUGAAGAACAUUGAUAGCCUCCAGCCACAUAAACCCAAGGGAUCCAAAAGUCCAUCGAUGACCAGGAGGCCUCAGUCAGCCCAGUCCAGUCCUCAGACCCAGAGAAAGGGUCAGUCCAGCCCACAGACCCAGAGGAAGGGUCAGUCCAGCCCACAGACCCAGAGGAAGGGUCAGUCCAGCCCACUGAUCCAACGGAAGGGACAGACCAGUCCACUGGUUCCGCGGAAAGGCCCGACGAGCCCACAAGCUGCUCGAAAAAAUGCAACAAGCCCUGGCAUUGUAGGCAAAGCAGACAAUGCAGAAAACUCGCAGGAAACAGCGAAGGACCAGACUGUGGAGAUCCCCAAGUCUGUCAGACUUCGAUAG